AUGCACAAACCAUCGCUGGCUCAAAUCGUGCACAGCGCACUGUUCCCACGGCCGCGUGCGAGCGACCCGGCAACAUUCUCAGCUCAUAUCACCCGUAAUCUGGUCCCAGAAGUCCGCGUUGAAACGUCCACCUUCUAUGGAUCGCUCGACUGCAUCGAAGCUCAAUAUCCGGGACUAGACUACUCACAUGGCCCUCACCGCAUGAGGCUCAGCCGGUUUCCCUGGCAUCGCAGACUGUUCCGGGCCUUCGAUGAGUUGGGCCUGACAGAGGCGGAGAUCUCGUCCCUCUGCCGCUGGGAGGGAACCAAGUCAGCCCGUGAGCGAUAUGAGAUCGAGGAGGGCGUGAAGGUACGCGACACGACUGCAGAUAGUAUUCGACCUGCAUCCCCUUCUCCUCUUCCGUCCGUCGAAGUGCACUACGAGGACGGCCCGGAACCCGCCAAAGAACCGGAACGCAGAGCAGAGAUGCCGACCCCCGAAGUUCGCACCCCAAGCGACGUCAUUGAUGACCGCGGCAUCGACUGUAUCCUCGAAGAAACCGUCGAGGAAGAUUACAGCGAGGAUGAAAUGGAAAGCUGCGGGGUGGAGCUGAACCAUCGUCUACUGGCCGCAAGCGCUGCGCGCGAACAGGGUGCCAAUGUACCACUGGACGAAGACUGGGAACAAUGGUUGAAGGAAGCCGGGGAACGGGGAAGCUAUACUGACGUGGUGAAUGCAAUUCGAAUGGGUCAGCCCUUGGGAUACCUAUACGACAUACCAUCCUCGAUGCCUCACAUGGGAGGCCAUCCCCAACUCCUCAUCCGACCACCCCCUGUUCUCCCCGCACCCAGUGUCAUCAUGAUCAAAGCCAUCUUCUACAGCAAGUUCGACACCCAAGAGGGUCCUAAGGUCGUUCACCAGGUCCCAGACGGUGCUAUCGUUCCCUCCGCCGCCGCGCCCUCGCAGCCCCCCUUCCUGACCUUCUCCGACAUCUCCUUCUUCGUGAUCCCUCGGCAAGAACUUUGCGGGAACCUGAUUCAGGUUUGCACCAAUGGCUACCGUAUCCUGGGCUACCCGAUCUGUAUGAAGUCGCUCCGCUAUGACCGCAACGAGUUCAUCUUCAACUUCUGUGUGGUGCUGGCGGAAGAGGAGGAUUUCAGCACCUACAAGAGUGUUGUGCAGAAGCUCGCGGAUCUGAUGCACGGAUUGGAAGAACAGAAUGGAUUCUUGUCCAGAGAUCAUUCAAAAUCCGGCGAAGGCAAGGUAUAUAGCUUGUGCGAGACUUUGAUGGAGGACUUGAACAACUACUGCGAAUGCAUGAUCCCUAUCGACGAGCUGAAUACCCUCAACAUCAAACUUUUCCCAAUCUAUCCGGCUCCUCCGCCAGUCAAGGCCUGGCAGGUCCCGUUAUUCACGGUCCGAUAUCAGACGUUCAUGGAUGAGAACUGGGAUCUGACCAUGCAACGUAUCGUGUCCCACAUCAACGGAGUCAACAGCGUACGGAUCAUCUCCAUCCUGGCCGACACCGACUUCUCCCUAACCUGUCGAGCCAUCCGGCACCUCCUCUACUACGGGUGUCUGUUUCUGCUCGACAUCUUCUCCUUCUCAGCGAUUUAUGCGCCUACCGCGCAGUUCAGCUCGACCAUCGCCAUGGACGAGGACAUGCAACAUGAAUGUGCGCGUUACGUCAACACCUCCUUUGCCUCGCCCGUCACUGCCGCAUCCGCCGCCCUCGCCGCCGGCUCCGACCCGGACGCCGUCUGGCCGCCGGUGGGCGACGUGCUCACCACCAGCAGCGCCAGCGUGACCGCGCCCAGCCGCACCCCAAGCCCGACCCUCCUCUCCAAUGCCGUGAUGGCCACCUCAUCCAGCGUCACCGUCACCCCCAGCCCGGCCGCAGUAGCUGCCGCGGCCGCAACGUCCGUAUCAUCCGAGCCCAACCCUGGCACCUCCCAAACCCGCGUACCCUACGAGAACCGCCCGGUGGUAGACGGCGCCGGUCUGGUCUCGCUGUACGCCAGCCUCAAACAAGGCCAAAACGUCAAGCAAUGGUACCUCCAUCACAGCCGCGAACUCUCGCACAUCGACAUCCGCCGCUUCAUCACCUUCGGCGUCAUCAAGGGCUUCAUCUACCGCGUGCACAAAUACGCCGUCGCCACGGGCCAACCGGCCCCCCCACUCAAGGCCUCUGCCCUUUCCCACAAUUACCACUACCACAACAACACCCAGAACAACCGCCACCACCACCACCAUCAAAGCCCCGCAAUCACCCCCGCAGGCGGGGGAACGCUCCAGAUCCCCAUCUCCAGCGGCCCCUCCUCGCGCGGCCCCGGCACGGGCACGAAUUCCCCGUACGCGUCGAGCGCAGGCGACGAACCGGCGCCGAUUGCACAGCACAGCCAGCACCAGCACCGCCAACACCAUCACUCAGAAGGACGGGAGCACUCGACCUCCGUACACAGCGGAAGUCGUCCGGGGACGGUGGCGACACUCGACAACAACGAGGACGACGAGGACGAGGACGAGAUCGACGACAAGACGCUCUCCAAGUAUCUGGACGGGAUGCAUUGUUUCGAUCAGAUCUGCACGGAGCUUGAGAUCAGCGAGCGCGAGCUCACGGCGCGGUUGAAGCGGUUCCCCGGCGAGGUGUUGAUCAUCCAUCGGUGA